CAUUACGUAAACAUUCUGUCGACGUGGCGUGAGUAGUUGCAGUAACAACUCAACGGUAGCUAGCUAGCAGGUAGGACGGUAAGCAAAGGUGAGACCGAAGAGAAGGGAAUUAUGGAUAUUAUCCAGAUCAACUGAAUGAUUGGGGUUCAUCUUUUCAGUGUAGAAAAAAAUGUCCGGUAUAAGCCAGCACUAUGGAUUCCAGUCCGCCACCAUGGUGCAGCCGGCCAAUGGCGGUCACUCCUACCUGUUUGGAAACAAUGGCUCAGAGAAUGACAUGUCAGAAGAGGAUGGGGAGAGCUAUGAGCUGCGGCCUCGUGGCAGAGAGAGGCUGCGAAGGAGCACCUCCAGAGAGAGGAUGGAUGAUAUCAUCUACCUGACCAAAGACAUCCAGGAGGGGGACACCCUGAACAGCAUCGCCCUGCAGUACCACUGCUCAGUGGCUGAUAUAAAGCGUGCUAACAACCUCCUGACAGAGCAGCAUUUCUUUGCCCUGCGUUCAGUCAAGAUUCCUGUAAGGCGCUUCAGUGUCCUCACUGAGACUCACAGCACUGCGCCUCUCAAGUCUGCCUCCCCCUCGGGCUCCAGGCACCUGGCCCAGAUAUCACCCAUAACCUCUCUCCCGUCGGAAUCCUGCACAGACUCUUCUUCUUCCUCCUCCACCGACAGCGUAGAAGGAUUCCUCCUGGAGAAGGACAAGGACAUCGAGCGGCUGGUGAAAUCCACGGGUCCGUCUCGCAGCAGCCUGAAUGAGGUGGUUUCCUCCUUAACACUACAGCAACAGCAGCCACUACUAGGAGAGGCGGAGUAUAAACCGGUGCAGAGAAAGGACCCUUAUUACGGGGCAGACUGGGGCAUGAGAUGGUGGACGGCUGUGGCCAUCAUGCUGGUGGUCGGCAUCGUCACACCAGUGUUUUAUCUGCUGUACUACGAGGUUCUCAUGAAAGCUGAAGUCAGCCAUCACGGCAUUCCUACACCGGCUCAUGGCGACAGGCCUCAUGGACCUCUCGACGGCAAUAAUGUAAACAUUCCUGCGGGUAAGGACCACCAUGCUGUGGAACAUGCUGGAAAAGUUUUGAACGGAGAUCCAAAGGGAGCAGGUGGCGAUAAAGCAGGCGACGGUGAACACGGAGGACAUGAGAAAACAUAAGGAAUUAGAUCUUUUCAUAAUAGAAAAAUGCCAACUCUAAUAAAACCUAAUAGAACUGGGUGAAUGAUCCCAUUGUUGAGUAGUUUUUAAAGACUUAAUGCAAUCUGUCUGACGUGGACGCUCUUUAUAGUGCGAACAGUCACUUUUGUAGGGUUAAAAGACAUUCCUGGUGUCUUGUCAAUUUACAGAUAUGUGCUUUUCGAAAAAGGAAUAUCAAUGGCCUAAAAACAACACGUUUUGUGCUUUGCUGAACAUUUUUUGAAAUGGAUCAUUUUCAGAGUUUAUAUCAGGAUACCCAAUAGAUUUCAGGGUAUCACAAAUGUUUGGGUUGAAGCUUAAAGCCGACUCGACUCAAAGCUAAAGAAUCUAGGUGAUGUUUUUGUUAUCUGCAUUCUCUCUAAGCUACCCUCAAACUGUAUCAGACACAGCAGCACUUGGCAAUUCCUGUUUGAACAGUGAUGGAAAAGUAUCUUUAAUUCUCCAGGUUUCGAUUAAAUGCUGUUUAUUUCUUGCCAUGUAUGAAAUAUUGUAUUUUCUAAUGCUGUGUGUUAGGGAAAGUAUGGCUGCUGCCAUUAAGUUUAAUAUAGAGCUAAUUUAUUUUAAGACUAUUGUGCAUUAGCCUUUACUUACAAUAUCAGUAUUGGAAGGUACCAGUUAAACUAUUUUUCAGAAUUUCAAUGAAAAUCGCUUGAAUUGUUUUUGCUUGCAGGGAGACAUUUCUUUUCCAUUUAAAAACCUCAGAGCGCAUGGUGAGGAGAAUGGGAAAUGCACAUUAUUCCCACAGUGACUCAACUUGUAUGAUGUGAGAUUUUAGACUUUGUUAUAUAGCCCUUUUUAUUUUAUCUACAUGUCCACUUGAUACUUUAUGAAAAAGCAUUACAUGUUGUUGACAGUAUGUGCCUUUCAACCUGUGGAAGUGUGCCACAGGCUGGAAAAUAAAUACAUCUAUUUUGAAUAAAUUAUUGCCAGCGUCCA